CAACCAGCGCAACCAGCGCAGCUCCCAGGCCUCCGCAGCCGUCUUCGUCCCAACCAUCUUUUGUUCUGCCAUCUUCACCCACAUUCUCGCCCGGCCCAUCCUACAACUUCGACCACGACCUACGUUGCCUACGCCUCUCCUCCACGUUCCCCUGCGAGCCCGCAGCCCAAUCGGCCGACUUGUUUCCAUCGACGACGCGCAUUCCGAGCCGUGCUUCGACGACUCUCCACUGUAGGCUUAGCCAGCGGCUGCCCCGAGCGCGACGUCAGGUCUCCAGGUCGAGCCCCCCUCCCGAGUUCCAACACAAACAGAGGUGCUUUUCGGCCGGCCUCGAUGGCGCCGGCUGUUAUCCUUUCCCAGGAGCUCCAACUCUCGUGAUAGGAAAAACAAGACAACGCACAUUGGCGAGCGCGCCGCCAAAACGGCCAUUCGCCCCCCGCCCACGCCGCCGAUCCCGUGUCUCAUCCGCACCCCGUGUCAACGAUUGCAUUCCACGGCCACCUGACUCUCCUUGACGCCCGCCCGCCAGCCUGGCAUCGACUCGGCGACGGGACCGCCUUGCUGGCAUCACGGCUCUCCCCACGCAAACCCUCUCUUUCAAGAACCGCGCCGCUCUCCUCCCCCGCCGACACGGGCAGCACCAUGGCCUCGAGGGGUCCAAACGAACCCCAGGCCCGGCCUGAAGUCGGCGAGACUUUGAUAGUCAUCCAUGAUUUUCAAGCCCGCAGCUCCGAUGAACUGAGCCUGGCCAAAGGCGAUCGAGUCGAGCUGAUAGAGCGUGAUGACGAGUUUGGCGAUGGCUGGUUCCUUGGCCGCCAUCUCGUCAAUGGCAACACGGGUCUCUUCCCUGAAGUGUACACACGACCGGCACCGAAACCCGCGCCUGCGUUCACGCACUCGAAACCCCUUGCUCCCGUCGCGGAGGCUCACAUUGAUCCCGGCCCCACCGGCGUUGUCAGAGCCCCCCAGAAACCGACUCAUAUGUCUGAACCAUCGCCAUCUCCCCCGGUUGGCAAGCCUGACGAGGCAGCGAUUACCUUACCGCUAAACUCCAUCAAAUCGGAAACGACGAGCGCCAACAGCACCCCUCCACCCGUCGCCGGGCUCGGAAAGCUCAACAACCAGAGCCAGGACAGCCAAGUCUUGAACGAUACCCUAAACGUCAUCAACGAGCACAUCACCGACCUGCGUUCGCCGGCGAGCAAUGGCGCUCUCCGUGCCCCGGCCACUGAUUCAGGUAGCGAAUACAGCGCCCCGCUCGAUGCGAGGAUGUCUUACAUCCAGGGCGAGGAGACGGACGAAGAAGAAGACAGCGCUGCCCACACCCGCGCUGAAGUCGAGGCCUGGUCCCCCGACGACGUGGCCGAGCAUCUGUUCACUGCCGGUGUCGAGAAGCAUCAUUGCGAAGUCUUUCGCGACCAAGAGAUUUCGGGCGAGGUGCUUCUGGGAAUGGACCAGAGCUCUCUUUUCAUCAAGGCAUUCGAUCUGGGCUCCGUUGGCAGACGCCUGAAGACGUGGCAUAAGAUCAAAGCGCUACAAGACGAGGUCAACAGCCAAACCACGCGAAGAACGACCCUGACAUACGGCAGUGAAGUGGGCUCAGAGGACGCAGCACGGAUAAGGAGUCGUACCAGCACGCUCACCAACUCCCUCUCGGCUCGACCGAUGUCUGUGCAGACCCGCCGCAUGUCCUCAUCGCAGACGCCCAGACCCAGCCCAACAACCUUCACCGCCCCUGUGUCGCCUCCGUCCGGCCACGACAGCCCGACACGUCCCGGCCACGCGAAGCGGCCGUCUGCCGCUUCCAUAAGGCAGCUUAACCAAUCUCGACGCCACUCGUCGACCGCUACCUCGAGUAUCGUCCCGGCUCUGAACACUAACGGAAGCAGCACCAGUGCCGACGGAGCGCAUAAGAAACAGCCAUCGUUCGACCGCAACUGGACUCUAGGCGGGGCCCUUUCUGCGCAGCCGUCGCCGCGGCCACUCUCGUCGGCUGGGCUUCCAGACACGUUGACUACGUCGAAUCCUGAUCUGCUGCAAGAUUCGGCCGUCGAUCUAGAUCGUGGGUACUUCUCGGGGACUGAGGCAGACGGUCGAAAACGCAACGUUCUUCGGAAGCGUGACAGCGUGAGUCAUUCAAAGAAGGGCAGUUACACCGAAGAGCAGCGAGUGCGCAGCGCCACCGCGCUCUCGAGACACUCAAGGUUCGGUAGCGCCGACUUCCACGACGGGGCGCCGCCCUCGGCCGUUCAAAAAUACUACGGUAUCCAGUCACCGCACCGAAGGACCGCGUCAACAAACACGGCCGAAUCGGUACGGCCCGUGCCACCUGCCAAAGACGCGCCACCGCCUGCGGUUACCAACCUCGAUUCUGGGUCCGUGUCUGAACAACAAGCACCGCCCGUGGUCGUGAAGCAGAACAGUUUUGGUUCUGACUGGCUAUCAUCCAUGGUGCCAAAGCCGAUGGGCAAACGACAUGGUAUGCGUGCCAUAUCCGAAAAGCUUACCAACAAGUCCAAGGAGAUGGAUACAACAGAGGCGUCAGCCAAGGAGUCUUCGCUGGACUCGCCCGCUCGGACGGGCUCGAGCACACCCUCGGCAGGCCCCAGCUUCGACCUGGAAUCUCCCGGUACUGGCAAGGGCUCCAGCACCACGGCUACGCCACCGAGCAAGGGUAUCCGUAAGAAGGGCAAGAAAGGGACCAGCGCUUAUACCCGUGGCCUGCAAAAUAUUUCACCGACUGAGGCCAAAAAGAACGCCGAUUAUUAUGGUUGGAUGAAGAAGAAGAGCUCGAAUCUUAUGACAACGUGGAAGCCACGGUUCUUCGUCCUCAAGGGCCGCCGCCUAGCUUACUACUAUUCCGAAGACGAUACGCAGGAGAAGGGGCUCAUCGACAUUUCGUUCCAUCGUGUCCUUCCCGCCGACAACGAGCGACUGACGGGCCUGCACGCGACGAUAACCGGUGUAGGUGGUCCUGGCCUACCAUAUGCCAAUAUCCUGCCCGUUGGUGGUGACGGCGCUUCCGGCCUCGACAAAGGGGAUGAUGCCACCUUCAUCUUCAAGCUGGUGCCGCCGCGGGCUGGACUCUCUCGGGCUGUCAACUUUACGAAACCUACCGUGCACUACUUUGCGGUACCAAAUUUGCAACAGGGGCGUCUAUGGAUGGCGGCGUUGAUGAAGGCGACGAUUGACCGAGACGACACGCAGCCCAUUACCAGCACCUACCAGCAAAAAACCAUCUCUCUGGCAAAAGCCAAGCAGAUGCGCCACCGCCCUCCGGCUCUGAUGAACCUUGAAGAGGCGAACGAGGAGGAGCACAAGACGCAGGCCCCUGGGUCCGCUAUACCGAGUGGCCUGGGGCUGCUCGGGGAGUCGGAUAGCGGCGUCUCAGGAAUGGACAAGCUUGCUGCCAGCAGGGCCGAUGGGACUGGGUUCACGGUUGGUCCUGGGGGGGCAGACAGCCCUCUCCCACCGCAGAGCGCCUAGGCGGCGUUUCGCAGGAGGAUGGCCGGACGGCCCGAUCGCAUCAAGACCAAUACGGCUUGAAUCUGGAGCGAGGCCUGGCGACUUGCAGCUUCAACUUUCACUUCAUAAUGCCCAUCUUGUUUCCACCUUUCUCUCGUCGAGAGCUAUGCCUGAUGUAUUACCCUCCACUUUUCUCUUCUGGACUUUUUCUUCUCUUCUAUCUACCUAUUUCGAAGCCCCCAAAAUCAAGUUCGAAGCCUUCCUGGCGCGCCACGACCAACUCCAACAGCCAGGCGGUCUUCUUUCAAUGAACGACCUGAUCAACGAUUUUAUACCUCUUACGAAAGAAGGACACACACAAACAGAGACCUCCGCGUUAAUGGAGAGGGAGGGAAAAUGCGGCAAGAUUGUUUUGGCUUCGACCUUUUCUUUACUCACUGGCCCGGAAGAAGAACGCAAAUCUACGACGGCGGCGUCUUGUUUCCGGCGCGAAAUACCCAUACACAGGUUCUCACGCGCACAUACACACACGUCCAUCUACGUCCCCUUGGCUGUGUCACUCAGGCUUCCGACCACGCAACCAUCCACACACCACCAUGUCCGCCGACCCUACCUACCUAACUCGCGAUUCGUGCGUGGCCCUCGCCUUUCUGCUUUGCCUUUUGUUCUCCUUCUUCUUCCCCUAAAACUUCUCCCCCCUUUUCUUUCCCGAACUCCGUGGUGGUAGUGGCGGUGGCGGCAGUGGUGCCCUCGUGUAGAGAUCGAGUUUGCGGCCCACAGACAGAGAGAGAAAGCGCGCAGAUAGAUGGAACGUCGUACAUGGAUGAGAUGGAAUGGGAUGAAUGGACCGGAGUUUUUGGCAGGAAUCGUGUACCUCUUUUCCCGUUCCCUCUUUGUUUGCCACCCCUUGUCGAACGUGAUAUCUCUGAAAGUGCUGGAUGUGGGUUGGGUGCACGACAACUAAUCCGUGUGUCGCGUGGAGAGUAUCACAAUACCACUUGUGCCCAGGCCAGAGCCACCAAGAUGACAACACAUAAUGACGGCGCAUACAUUCGUCCACAGCGUCACGGACAUGCACGCGUUGCCACCAACUAAGUGC